UAGUGUGGUGAAUUAUGUCACAUUAAUGCCUGUUUGUCCGUGAAAGUUGAGAUACGGUGGUGCCAAGGAUUCAAUGUGAGAAGAUGUGAACAAGACCCGGCAGAGACUAGAGAGCUACAGUUAUGUCAAGCUAGCAGGCUAGAGCUGGAAUACUACCGGAAAUGUCACGCAUUGCUCUUUAAAGACAAUGUGUGUCUGUUUGUCAGCGCAACAGUGCGCAAAUGAAUAGUGUGUAUGCAGGUGCAAAGAAAAAAUAUUCUGACACUUAAUCGCCCUUCACUUCAUUCCCUAGUUUAUUUAAACGUGUGAGAGUCAUUGUAGCUUGUAUUUUGAAAUUUUUAACCGGAAGCUUGUUCGUCGGCUGGAGAGCAACCGUGUGGAAUUCUGCACUGCCUUCUCAACAGAUUCCCUGCCUUUUAAAUUGAACCGCACAUACUCUACGGGACUUUCAGCUGUGAAUACAGAGGCCUGUGCCGGAGUGCCGACUGUGCUGUGAAGCGGGACAGAAGCGGCGAAGACAUUCGACAUUCGAGCAAACGUGUUGCCUCUGUCCCAAAACAAAUUUGUUUCAAUCAUGCCGCUGUUUGGUAAAUCUCACAAGGGUCCGGUGGACAUCGUCAAAACUCUGAGGGAAAACCUGGCCAUCCUGGUCAAACAGGAAAAGAAGACAGACAAGGCCUCUGAGGAGGUGUCAAAGUGCUUGGGGUCCAUGAAGGAGAUUCUGCACGGGAGCAACGAUAAAGACCCUAACACAGAGACGGUGGCCCAGCUGGCUCAGGAGCUAUACACCAGUGGCCUGCUGAUAUCACUGGUAGAACACCUGCAGGUCAUAGAUUUCGAGGGAAAAAAGGAUGUGUGUCAGAUUUUCAACAACAUCCUGAGGAGGCAGAUUGGAACGAGAAGCCCGACGGUCGAAUACUUCUGUUCCCACAAAGAGGUUCUCUUCAUACUGCAGAAAGGGUAUGAUACGCCACAGGUAGCGUUGAAUUGCGGAAUCAUGCUGAGGGAGUGUAUCCGCCAUGAGCCGCUCGCCAAGAUCGUCCUUCACUCUGAGGAGUUCCACUGUUUCUUCACCUAUGUGGAGUUGUCCACCUUCGACAUUGCCUCUGACGCCUUUGCCACUUUCAAGGAUCUCCUGACAAAACACAAAGUCCUUGUGGCGCAAUUCCUUGAACAGAACUACGAUGCUGUGUUUACAGAUUAUGAGAAGCUUCUUCACUCUGAGAACUACGUCACCAAGAGGCAGUCUCUAAAGCUUCUCGGGGAGCUGUUGUUGGACAGACAUAACUUCAAGGUGAUGACGCGCUACAUCAGCAAGCCUGAGAAUCUCAAGCUGAUGAUGAAUCUGCUCAGAGACAAGAGUGCCAACAUCCAGUUUGAGGCCUUUCAUGUCUUUAAGGUGUUUGUAGCCAAUCCCAACAAGACGCAGCCCAUCAUCGACAUUCUGCUCAAGAACCAGACCAAACUAAUCGACUUCCUGAGCAACUUCCAGAAGGACCGAGCCGAUGACGAGCAGUUCAACGACGAGAAGACAUACCUAAUCAAACAGAUCAGAGAUCUGAAGAAAACGGCCUCGUAGAGAAGACUCCCCCUCCCUCUCUCUACCCAAAACUUUUUAUUAAUAGGUAGACAGAAUAUUAACACAUUAACAACAAUGGCUAUUCUAUUUUUAAGAAGAAAAAGAACAUCCACAAACCAUUAUUUGUAUUUUUUUUCCUUUGUUCCUUUAAAACUUCACCUUUUUUUAUAUAUACAUCUUUUAUUCAAGAUGGGGUUUCUUUCAUCUGUUGCGUGCAGUGCCACAACUUCUGCUGUUAUUCUUUGAACCAGCUUUUUGCCAAAAUGGUCAAACAAACAGACAAAACUGUUUUUGUUAAUGUCUUACUGUUAAAAAUGCUGCAAAAAAGUUGCUGUAAAUUGGAAAGUGUAUUUUAUUUAUUUUUUAAAGCUUAAUUUGGGGGAACAUCCUAAUUGUGAAACACAAUCUCUUUCCUUGUGAAGCGAUGGCGAUGUGCAGUCUCUUUGUUAAUCCAAUGACGCAUCAUUUGUUAGAAAAACAAUCCUAAAUGCCGGUGGAUUCCCACUGUUUACGUCUUCCAAAAGGUUUAGCUAAUCAGUGAUGACGCUGUCUGACAGCAGUAUGAUCUUAUUGAUCCUAAUUGUGCAGUUGAUCUGGACCCAGUCUAACGCUGUUUCUCAAACACCGGGUCAGGACCCAGGGAUGGGUCACGUGAGAUUUUUUUGCGGGGGUCCCCAAACCAAUUUUCAGAAUUUUCCCAAAGCUGUAAAAAAUCAGUAUAUCAUAUAUUACAGACAGGUCUGUAAAUAAGUCACUUUAUUAUUGUCAUGAUUGAAUCAAGUCACACACGUUCUUUUAAAAGUGGAUCCCUAUUAAAUUGAUUGGGAUCGGUCUAUCGUACAACAGCUACAUGGAAAAAAUGCGCUUCAUUGAAAGGUGACUUUGAUCUGCAAUUGGUACAUUUAGUUCCAAUCCCAUUGAUCACUAGGCCUCUUUACUAGUGGCUGGUAGCACUUUCUGUAUGAUAGAAAAAACUAAUAUAAUUCUUUUCGUUUUUUUGGGGGGGGGGGUGAUUUUAAGCUCAUCAGUUUUUCACACUGCUCAGUGGUAUUUUCUUUCACACAUAUCUAUAUUUUUUAUUUCUUGUCUUUCUUGAUAUGUACAGUUGUGCUGUUAGCAUUUUUGUUUACAGUUGAGAUGUUUUGCACAUGUGAAGUGAGUGCCAUUGCAAGUGUGAAUAUGAACAGGAGGCACUUUGCUGUGUGGAGGAGCUGGUUGUUGUGGUUGGUUCUGUUUUGUCUUGGUGUUUCAGAUCUGAUGUCGGUGAUAAACAGUUGAGAAAUUCUGAGGUGCCUUCCCCCCCCUUCUUUUCUGUGUUUUUGUAUUUUCACUUCAUCUUUCCGGGGAGAGCGUCAUAAAUGUUGUGAUUAAGCCGUGAACCUCUGAAGUCACUAUAUUUGAGUUGUGCUGUUAAAAGAAACAUUUGAAAACUUUGUUUUGCACCAGAUGUGAAUUAAAAGCUGUUCGCUUCAACCUUGUCACAAGAGUGAAGCUCAAGUUGAUCUGUAAAACUCCAGGUUCAUUACAAUCAGUGAGGAUAACAUGCCACUUUCAUUUGAGUUUUUCCAAAAGAAGUCAAAAUAUAUUUUUUCUUAAUCUGGAUUUGAUAUGCUUUAUGUUACUUGUGGCUUCCAUGAUGGACGUGAGAUUCCACUGUCAGCUGUUUCUGAGUACAUCAGAGGUUUAAAGGCUAAAGUGGAUUUGAGUGUCAAACAAUGAAAAGCCUGUGAAGUGCUUUUGAUUUUUGUUCUGCAUAAAUGUUUUAUAAAAGCUUUGCUCGCUUUUCUGAGUGAAAAAUUAAAACACUACCAGCCAUUCUGGAUGUUGUGAGAGGAUUUACACUAUAAUGGUUAAAUG